AUGCCUCGUUUCAACUUCCUCCAGCUGCUCGUGGCAGUGUUGAUGCUACUCUCCGUGGCCAUUGCCACUGAGCAGCGCACCGAGGACAACAUUGUCCACCGUGAGUCUCUCCAGGAAAUUCUCGCCGGGACCAAUGCGAACAGCAUUCACCGUGCUCUCCAUCUCUUGUCCGACAAGUUCAAAGACGGCAUUUUCCCAACUGACAUGAGUGCCGCCGAGGCCCUGCAAGGUGAAGAUCAAAACAUUGCCAGUAUCUUCAAGGUCAUGAAGCGGGAGAGCAAUGCGACCGCCAGUGCAUCUGCCAACCCUGCCACCUCCACUGAUGCCGCCACUACCACCGAUUCAAGCUCCACUGAUGCCACCACCGAUGCUACCACCUCCUCCACUGCCUCUACCACCUCCCCAACUGAGUCGACCGAUAGCACCAGCUCUACCACUAGCACCAGCACCAGCGUAACCCCCACUUCCACUGAUGCUACCACCUCCACCACGGCGAGCACCCCGGCCUCGACCAGCUCGACUUCCACUUCGACUUCCACCUCUGCUGAUACCACCAGCACCACGUCUGCGGCUCCCACUACCACUACCCAGACUACCUCCACUUCCACCUCAAGCUCUUCGUCGUCGUCUAGCUCGUCCUCCACCUCAUCAUCCAGCUCCUCGUCGAGCUCGACCACGCACACCACUCUCACGACCUCUGCUAGCCUGAGCACUUCCACCUUCAAGAGCACCACCACUCUGCCUAAUGGCAGCCUGAGCACUAUCACUGAUGUGACAGUGGUGCACGUCACCCCCACCGCGUCGAGUGCGACCACUACCACUUCGGCCCACCCUGGCCUCCAGACCGGUGGUGCUGCCAUGGCUACUGGCCUUGGCCGUGAGGUCGUCGCCAUGGUCGGUGGUGCUGUCCUUGUCGCCAUGGCUCUGUAA